AUGACCUCCUCCCUUUUUUCCGGCCGCGUUCUCCUCUGCGACCGCUCCGAGCUCCGCUUUGACACCGAACGGGAGCUCCGCCGCGCCCUCGACAACAAAAUCCUCCUCCUCUACUUCGGAGCCAAAAAUUGCCCAAAAUGCCGYGAAUUCGCCCCAAAACUCCGCGAUUUUUGCCGCCGUUUGACCGACGAGUUCUACGUGGAGCGCGCGGAGCAGCUCUGCCUCGUCUACGUGGGCAGAGAUCGGAGCUCCGCGGAGCAGCGGAAAUUCCUCAGCUCCAUGCCCAGGAGGUGGAUGGCGCUGCCCUUCGGG